AUGAGUUUCGACUAUAGCCUAUUCAUUGCUUGGGGGAACUACCAUUUUGCUGUGCGAGAUUUCCAGAAUAGCAGAAAGAGUUUCUUGUAUGCUCUGAAGCAGUACGAAGAGAUUGGAAAAGUCAGGCACCACCCAGAUGCUGCGGCCUGUCUCUACAAGAUCGGGCGUGUUGCUUUGGAAGAGGGAGAUUUGAAUGAUGCGAUAGAGAUAUUUCGCGAAUCAAUCAGGAGACUUCGAUCAGCUGAUCCGAUGAGCUCUCAACUUGGACGCGUCCGUUUUAUGCUAUGCAAAGCGCUGAGGACGAUGGGCGUCGAGAACACGGACGAAAUUAGUCAGUUGGAGAAGGAAAUUCGGGACCUCGUGCAAGCACUGAGACCACAACAAGAUCUAUCGGCAGAGAUCUCAGAAGCUCUCCUUGAUUCACUGGUCCGCGGGAUAAUUCGAUGA